UUCUUUUCUCGGGGGAAAAAGGUUAUAAAAGCAGAGCCUAAAUCAACUUAUCACAAGUACAAACACACAUCUUUCUAUCUUCUCAUUCUUCUUCUCCUCAGAUCUCAAACUCUUACAUUUCGUUUCACUUUUCAAACGACAAAAGACCAAUAGCAUGGGUCAUGAAUGUAUCGAUGCAUCCAAGAAGUUCAAAUUUAGUGACGAUGUCAAAAGUGGAGUGACUGAGAUUGUUCUUGUUCGCCAUGGAGAAACCACUUGGAAUGCUGCCGGAAGAAUCCAGGGACAAAUGGAGUCAGAUCUUAACGAAAUUGGACAAAAGCAGGCUGUUGCAAUCGCUGAUAGAUUGGGGAAAGAAGAGAGAUCCGUAGCUGUGUAUUCAUCAGACCUCAAGCGAGCCAAGGAAACUGCUCUGAUGAUAGCAGAAACAUGUUUUUGUUCAGAGGUGAUUGAAAUACCUGACUUAAAGGAGAGGCAUGUGGGUAGUCUUCAAGGACUGUACUGGAAAGAAGGAGCAGAGAAAGAACCUGAAGCUUACUCUGCUUUCUUUUCUUCUCAAAAUCAUCUCGAGAUUCCUGGAGGAGGAGAGAGCUUUGACCAACUCUGUGAGAGAUCCAUGAAUGCGCUUGAGCAAAUUGCCAAGAAGCACAAAGGAGAGAGAGUGAUAGUGGUGACUCAUGGAGGAGUGUUGAGGGCAAUUUAUUUGAUGAUCACGAAAGCUUCAUCCGCCGGAAAACUCCUUAAUGCUUCGGUGAAUGUUGUUCACUACCGUGAGGAGAAAUGGAUCAUUGAUUCGUGGAGCGAUGUUUCUCAUCUCUCUUCCGUUGGAUUUCUCCAACGUGGUUUUGAUGGAGACUCCAAGCCCUAGAAAACUAUCCUCUUCCCUAUUGUUUCUGACAAUCGAGAAAGGUCUUCUAUCCAUUUUAUAAUGUACUUCUUUGAUGUUUUCUGAUUGUUUUUUUUUCCUUUGCUAAGAUGUAUUUCCGAUUAUGAGAUCGAUGUCUUUCUAUAAAAGUUUAGUAAUUAUCUUGUACUUUCCAAUAAUCGAUUGAUAAAGAUCUUUAAAUUCCUCAACUUUUAGAUAAAUAGUCCUUACACACCUUGUUAUAGUAGAGAUCUCUACUUAUUUCAUAAACUAACUUUAACUAUUAUCACUUUUCCAUGUCUCAACUUUAUAUCCCCUAUAUAUUAAAAGAAGAGCAUUGUAGUUAAUGUUUUCACACCAAGUUGGACACAUGUCAAUUGGAGAGACACUCUCCCAAAUAUAUUUCCUUAUUCACCCUUUUUGAGCUGAUUUCGUAAAGAGUUUUCGUAAAGAUUUUGCACGUGAUCUU